AUGUCCACCAUCUACUCAGUGCCCCGCGAGAAACGCUAUGGCAAAUACAAGAAGGUCCUAUACUUAGAGCCUCCCACCAACGGCAGCAAGACAGUCCGCACACGCAUCACCACCAUCGUCCCUGCGCCCGGUCCCCCGCCUCCGCCUCCAGCUCCAGCCCCAGCUCCUGUUCUAUGUCUGCCAGAACCCAAGCCCGCGCCUGCACCCAUCAUCAUCGCACCUCCGCCGCCGCCACCGCCGCCCCCAGCGCCAGUGGUGGUGCCCGAGCCCGAGCCGGAGAUCGAGGUCAUUGCUGUGGACGUCGACCCGUCCGUCAAGUCGGCCAAGAGUGUCAAGAGCUCCAAGAGUUCCAAGUCCUCCCACAGCAGCCGGAGUCACAGCCACGGCCACGGCCACGGCCAUAGCCACAGCCACAGCCGCGAACGGGAGGUCUACAUUGAGCGCGAGAGGCUCGUCCCCGUCCGGGUCCCCGUGCCCUACCCCGUGCACGUGGAGCCCCAGUACGAAACCUUCCGCUACAUCGAAGCGCCGCGGCGGUACGACGAGCCCCGGCGCCAGAGCCCGGAUCGCGAGGAUCGCGAGAUCGUCAUCGAGAAUCAUCGGCGACGGAAGUACAUCCGCGACUGUUGA